AUGCCUACUUGGAAAACCUUCCUUACACUGGCUUUGGCCGGCUCCGCGGCCUCCUGCGCGCACCACGAUAACGGCGAGGUAGUGCCCGAACAUGAGCGGGCGGAACUACUCAAGAAGUGGGAUCAGGAGUGGUCCUUCUCCGGCAUUGCCAGCUUCGCCCACCUAAAGCCCGUCAAGUGUCUGAUCGAGCCCGAUGAGCACUACGACAUUGCCAUUAUUGGCGCGCCAUUCGAUACAGCCGUCAGCUACCGACCAGGUGCCCGUUUCGGACCACGCGCAAUCCGCGCCGCGAGCGCACGCCAAAUGGCCGCAACAAGCUACAACACGCGCGCCGGGAUCAACCCAUACCAAUCCUGGGCUAAGAUCACCGACUGCGGCGACAUCCCCAUCACACCGUUCGACAACGGGCUCGCCGAGCGCCAGAUGUACGAAGCGUUCCUGGAGCUUGGGUCUCGCAGCAUUGUGAACAAAGCCCCCAAGGCUAGCGGGAUCGGCGCCAAGCACCCCAAGCUCGUCACGCUUGGUGGAGACCACAGCAUUGCGCUGCCCGCGCUGCGCGCUCUGCACCAGAUCUACCAGAAGCCGAUAACGGUCGUACACUUUGACGCGCAUCUGGACACAUGGAACCCUGUUCGAUACAGCGCGUACUGGCAGUCCGAGCAGACACAGUUUAACCACGGGUCGUUCUUCCACAAGGCGAGUCGGGAGGGACUGAUUUGCAAUUCUACAUCUGCGCAUGCGGGACUGCGGACGCGACUUACUGGCGUUGAUGCGGGGGAUUAUACGAACCCUGGGCCUGAGCAGGGAUUCAUUCGGGUUCAUGCGGAUGAUAUUGAUGAGCUUGGACCUAUGGGAAUUGUUGAGACAAUUAUUGCGCGGACGGGACUUGAUCCUGAGCAGCCGGUUUAUCUUUCUGUUGAUAUCGAUGUGUUGGAUCCGUCCACGGCACCGGGAACGGGCACGCCUGAGCCUGGUGGUUGGACUACUCGUGAGUUUAUUCGGAUUCUGCGUGGGUUGGAGAAGUUGAAUAUUGUUGGGGCGGAUAUCGUGGAGGUUUCGCCGGCUUAUGAUAAUAAGGGAGAGACCACUGCUCUUGCGGCGGCGCAGGUUGCCUUUGAGAUUAUCACCAGUAUUGUCAAGUCUGGUGUUGAUGAGGAGCUUGGUGGAUGGUAUGGGUGGAUGGAGCAGGAAGCUGAGAAGGAGACCAAGGAUGAGCUUUGA